GUGUUUUUUUGGGAAAAAAAAAAAUCAAUAAAAGACGGCAAGGUAAGGGAUCAUAUUUGAAAAUAUGAAAAGUAAAAAGGAGGUAUGGGCAAAAAAAAAAAUAUGAAUAAAAAAAAGGCCAUAAAACGUCACCCUGGAUGAUUAGCGCGGGAGAGUAAUCAAAUUCUGAUUAGAAGAAGGAGGUUCCAUUUCCAACUAUCAAAACCCCACUUUCGCUUCCCGCAAUUAGAGCCUAAACCCUCUUAAACGCAGAAAGAAAGAAAGAAAAAACAAAGUACAGAGACGGAAAGAAAGAAAGCAGAGCAAGAGAAAAGAAAAGAAAAGAAAAGGAAAAAAAAAAAAGAGAACACGCACGGUUUUCCACAGAAGAAAUGAGAUGCCAAACAAACAAACAAACCUACAGUUUCUGAUUAUUCUGUCCUCCCGCUUUUGUUUUUCUUCUCCCUUUUUUCUGCUGCCUGAGAUUUUUCUUUUUCUGUUUCUUUCUGGGCUAAUUUAUGGCGGAUCUGUACGGAACGGCUCAAUCUUCGGGCACCGGUCUCUCUUCCGAGCCGGAAGAAAUCUCUAACAUUCUCAACCAACUCCUUCACAACUCCUCAUCUCCGUAUUCCUUGGCUUUAUCUUCUUCUUCUUCUUCUUCUUGCAUGUCCUUCAAAACCAAGUACAUGCAUUUACUGCAUUCACCACAGCACCCAAUUGCGUCGUUUCCGGACACCGUAUCAGCCCCCAGACUGUUCGGCUCGGAGGCGGAUCGUCUUCGGUUUUGCGGAUCCACGAACCAGUCCGAUUCCGAUUGCCGAGUCCUGGAUGGGAACUCGGUUGGUGGUGGUUCGUCUGCCGUCGCGGCGGAUUCUUCUUCUGGAUUUUUCUCUGAACCCGACGCUUACUUUGAGGAGGAGUUGAAGGGAGGCCUCGAUAACACUCUAUCUUCUGCUGGAGUUGCGGAUUCUGAUGCUAACACGUACUUGAAAGCAAGGAGGAUUUCACCUGACAAUGAUCUCGGCGACUUCAGCUGUGAUAGCGAGAAGGGUCCCGAGGCGUCUGAGGUACCAUCAAAUCCAGCAGCACCACCUCGGAGUUCAUCCAAGAGAAGCAGAGCCGCGGAGGUCCAUAAUCUAUCAGAAAAGAGGAGGAGGAGUAGGAUAAAUGAGAAAAUGAAAGCCUUACAGAACUUAAUUCCAAAUUCUAACAAGACGGAUAAGGCUUCAAUGCUUGAUGAAGCAAUUGAAUAUUUGAAGCAGCUUCAGCUUCAAGUUCAGAUGCUAUCUAUGCGAAAUGGGAAUCUGCACCCAAUGUGCUUACCAGGAGUACUGCAGCCUCUGCAAUUGCCGCUGCCUCAUACUGGAAUGGGCUACAAUGAGGGUAAUAAAUUUCUGAAUUCCAGCAGAGGACUAAACGCAUUUUCUUCGAAUGAAGAGAGGCCAAUGCAAUCUGCCUAUAAUCUUUCCAACUCGUGCAACAUCUCAAAUCAGCCAACUAUCAUACCUUCAGUCUCAGACAUUACAACUUCAGAAGCUGCGCUUGGUUUCGAACAAUCAAUUCAGGCUCACUACAGACCCUUUAAUCUUCUGGCAUCUUCCGAGGAAAUCAUCGCAGAUGGGAAAUCACACUUGCAAUUAGAUACAAGUCAUACUGGAAAGAAUUGUUCGUCAGAUGUUGAUGUCUUAUCUUUAAAAAGCCCAGAAGUAUAAAACUGUUGCCACAUAUUUAUAGCAGCUCUUUUUGUUCAGACACCACAGCGUUUUACACAUUAUCAUAAAAUCAGGUUAUAUUUAUUUGGCAAAUCGUAACAGGUUGACGCUUGGCAUAAUAGUGGGAUCCCGAUUGUGUUACUUCUUAACUUGUAUAAAUGUUCUCCCCUACUUCUUAAGCUAAGCCAUUAUAUUUUUGUGGUUGGAA